AGACAAAAGGAGAGGACGACAGAUCCGCGGAGGCGCGCACUGAGCUGAGCAUCUGAGCACCUUGGAGACUCCACGGGUUUGAUCCGACGCGCAAGAACGCACCUGCACACCGACACACACGCCCUUCACGUCCACCUGAAACGUCCAAGCCGGUUGAUUGUCCUGUUUGAAAGCAGAGGAAAGAGGUCUGAGCCCCGUUUCAAUCGCAGCCAGAACACCGUGUUCCCAUGAUGUCAUACCUGUGGAUUCUGCUAUUAGGAAGCCUGCUGGCUACAAGCGCCAAGGCACAAGAAGAUGAAGCCACAACAGAGGAGAAAGCAGCCCCUGAAGCAGAAACCGCGGCAGAGGUCAAUGAAGAAUCCGCCGCUGACAAGGAAACUGAGCAUAUAGCUGAGGAAACAACGGGUGAGCUUGAUCAUGAAGCCGAAGCAGGUGAUCCGGGGACUCCUUCGGUUGAAGAGGCAGACGCAGAGGCUGCACCUGCGGCAGACGCAGAUGCUGCAGCAGAUGUAGAGGCUGCAGCAGACGCAGAGGCUGCACCUGCAUCAGAACCAGAGGCUGCACCUGCAGCAGAACCAGAGGCUGCGCCUGCAUCAGAACCAGAGGCUGCACCUGCAGCAGAACCAGAGGCUGCGCCUGCAUCAGAACCAGAGGCUGCACCUGCAGCAGAACCAGAGGCUGCACCUGCAUCAGAACCAGAGGCUGCGCCUGCAUCAGAACCAGAGGCUGCACCUGCAUUAGAACCAGAGGCUGCACCUGCAGCAGAGGCGGAGGUGGAGGCAGAGGCGGAGGCAGAGGUGGAGGCAGAGGUUGAGGCGGAGGCAACACAACAAGAUGAUCUUGAGGUUGUGGAUCCAAAGGCUGAGGAACCAACUGCUCUCGGAGAGGAGGAAGCUACAUCAAGCACAGGUGUUACUCCUGUUCAGGAGGAGAGUGAAUCUGACGCCACAUCAGCAGCAGAUCCAGCUGCAGCAGAUAAUGAGGAAAAAUCAACUGUUCCUGCUGCUGAUGCAGAACCAACACAACCAGCUGAUGAAGAAAAGGUUGAACCAGAAGUGGAGGUCAUUGUUACAACAAUUAAUGUGGAGAUUGUUCCUGUGGUGAAUGCAGAUGUAGAGUUUAGCUUGGUAGAUGCUCUGCCAGAAGAGAAUGCAGUGUUCAGCCCGGGACAGAGGAGCAGCUUUGAAUCUGGGUCACAUGUUGCUAGCGCCAGUGGAGAGGACAAACCUGAAGCCCAAGAGGCCAGCUCCGGCUCUUUAGCAGCCAUUCUGAGUGCAGUUGCGAUGUCUGUACUGGCAGCAAUCGUUGGAUUAUUCACCUACAAGAACAAGAAACUGUGCUUCAAAAAUAGACAAGAAGCGGAUCCAGAAGCUGCACGCAAAGCUGAUGCAACCGAGGCUCAGUCGGAUCCCCAGGUCCUUAGUAACCUGCUGAACUCCUCCUAGACCAGAAAUGAUCACAUGACUGCCUGGACCAAUGACUGGCAAGCAUAGUGGCAAAUCUCACUGUUAAGCUCUAUCUUCUUCUGUAGAGCUACAUUACUGUGAGGCCCCGGAGUAGGGCUGUGUGUGUGUGUGUGUGUGUGUGUGUGCGCGUGUGUGUGUGUGUGUGUGUGUGUGUGUGUGUGUGUGGGACUAAAUAUAUGUGAACAUUGAGGGUUUUGUGGUUGUUACAACAUGGCAAUUUAUUAACAUGAUCGGACAAACUUUCUACUUUUGUGGACAUUAAAGAGAUUCAAUCUCAAAUGAACCAUAAAAUGGCGAAAUUAAAGAACUACAUUAUAUGGCUACUAUCCAGUUCUAGUAAUUCAGUGUGAAUAUAAACCAGUGACAGUUAUUGGUGUUUUAAAUGUUUACCUUUGUACUGAAUUCUAAAAAGUGGAUUUUAUUUUGUGCUAAUUCUGUCAUUGUUUGACCCACACAUAUUAUUUUGAAAGUCCACUGGCAACAGCCACUUACUAAAACAUUGUUUUAUAUUUGUUUUAAUAGUCUGCAGUACAAAUGCAGAAUAGAUGGAUAACAGGGGGAUUCAAUAACUACCAAUGUAUUCUGACGAGGAGAAAUAUUAUAGGAUAGAUUUUGGGGAUGCUACAUGGUCCAAUGUGUGUUCCUCGGACCAGUGAUGUCACUGUAUGUUUGUGUGUGUGUGUGUGUGUGUGUGUGUCUAUUUGUUUUGGUUGGUGAAGGGGCUUAUUCAUUUUAAAUCCUGUUGGGUGACUACCACUUCUCCUCAGUCAAUUCAAUAAAUUAGAGUGAAAUUUCCAAAUCAACAAAAGAAAACUUCUCAUCAAACACACUCAGUUCAUUAAUUGCAUAAUGAUUAAACAAUCCAACACAUAUGCAUUUAUUUGACAAUGUUAUAUGAACAUCUAAAAGUGAAGUGGAGUCUUGUCCAACCCUGUUUCUGUCAAUGGAUGAAUGUUCACCUGACACGGAAAAAUUCAACAGAGGUCAUGUGGUAUUGUAUUAGACAUUGUUCUGAUGUAGUAUGUGGCUGUCUAGUUGUGAUGCAGUAAUUUAUCCUCUAUCGUGCCUUUCACUGACACAGCCUGGCUUGACCAAUCUACUGACACACAGGGAAGAGAGCUGGGACGAUACAAGUGAAAACAGGCAGAAUAGUAGUCGAAUGUAUGACAAUAUACUAGACAAUUGAGGAAUGUACAAUCUUAAUUAAUUCAUGAUCAUUUUGGUGGUUGAAAAGCCUCACCUUGGACUGUUUAUGUAUUAUUCCAUUAUUGUAACAGCUACUGUAUCUGUUCAUAGUGGGCUGUUUGCUGUUUUACUUCCAGUACUUUGUUUUACCAAUAUUGCAUACAAACUCUUUUAACAGCAUCACAUUUCAGCCAUAAAUGUACCCUCUCUGCGUGUCUCUUUAUUUGAGCAAGCCAGUAGCUGUCACAGUGUUUUUUUUAUCAUUCAUACAUCCAACUUACAGACACUAUUCACCUGUGAUUUUUAUAUGCAUUUUACAUUUAGCAGUGGUUGAUCAUUGUGAAAUGCCUCAGAAGCAGCGCUAGUGCUUAAAAAAAAAAGAAGAAGAAAGAAAGCACAACAGUUCCUUUUUCUUUGUGGCUGUAGCACAACAAAUAUUAACUUCUGAAUGUCUUUUUGUUGCCUUGCAGUUUUGUACUUGCUCUGCUCCCUUUACAUUUUGAAAUAGGGUUAUAGAGGUUGCAUCGUGCUGCAGUUUAUGUAAAGUGUGUUAAUUGUAAAGCACCAUAUAGCUGCAAUACAGGACAGAGACUGUUGCUAACAGCCUAGCCUCAAACUGAGAAUUAUUCAUAGUCUGUGAUGUCACAUAUUGAUUAAUCCUACUGUGGGCUGGACACUGUGUCAAAGCCCUGUAUGAAAUGCCUUCUUCUGUAAUCUGUGAUAGAAUUUAUCCUGACACUUGGGAACUAAGUGUGUCGGAAAUCUCUUACUGCAUCUCCAAUGGCAUGUAGCGAUAAUGCACAAAAUACCCACUGAAUAACAGUACAAGCUUUCAGAUGUAGCCACCGAUGCCUUCAAAACAAAACAUCCUCCUUUUUAAUGCAGUACUUCCUGCACUCCAAUAAGUACAAUAGGAAUCAACAAAAGCAGUCCGCUGCAGUGCACAUUCAGAACCCUUGAAGGAGACCGAAGCAACGAUACAGCCCUUCAAAUGGCACGAGGAAUGCUUGUGUUUUGAGCAUUAUGGUCCAGUCCACAUUUAGUCCCGAGCUGUCACAUUCCUUGUAAACACAAACUAGUGGAGCGUAGCAUCCAAAACCAGAAUGUAAAACCAAGGGAAUCGUAGACUUAUUGGGUCCAGAAGUGCACUUCCCAAAAAGUGCUAAGGCAUCAAUGUGGCGCUGACCAGUCCUGCCUUAUACCGCCUCUUGAACAUUCCAGAGAGGAAAACAAAGAACAAUGUCAUCAUCUGAAAGUAAACGAUAAAACAAGCAGAGAUGUUUUUUGCAGGGGAUUUUAUUAACAAUCUUUAUGGGAGAAGCACUUUCCUAUCCGGUAGACGUCUUGAUUAUAUUAGACAAUUCAUUUUUGAUUUCGACAAAUGACUGUUCCUUUUUAUUUAAAUACGCUGUCUUUUACUUUUGUUUUCGGAACUUUCUUUUCAUCUGGCACUGUUGUUCUUCUGGAAUUGUGUAAAUAAUGUUUUAGGAGUCAAUUAAACCGUUUUCGUGGGA